AUGGCUGAUGAUCAAACAGAUGAGAUUUUAUCUCGUCUUCGAGGUAUAUCAUCAGAUGAAAAAAGUGAAAUCGGAAAAAUGAAAUGUAGAAUAGAUGAUCAAGCUCGUCUUAUAAUGAUGUUAAAAAAAAGAAAUGAUGAAUAUAUUCUAGCAAAUAUGGCAUUGGAUAAACAUUCAAUCGAAUUAGAAAGACAAAUUGAAGAUUUACGUGAUCAAUUAGAAGAAGACGAAAGAAUGAAAUACAAGAUAGAAGAAUUGAGACAAACUAUUGAACAAUUGAAAACAUCGAAUGUUCAAUGGGAAUUAAAAGAACAAGAAUUCAAUAAAAGAUUUUUAUUUCAAAAUGAUAAAUAUGAAAAUGUUCAACAAGAAUUAUUAUCUUUUAAAAAUAAAAUUCAAACAUUAGAAAAAUUAUUAGAAGAAUCAUAUGAAAAUAUUGAUCGUUUAAAAAAUGAUUCAAAAAAACAAUUAAAUCAAAAAGAAAAUCUAAUUGAUAAUCAAACAAUUCAAAUGAAUCAAUUUCAAACACAACGAAAAAAUCUUGAACAAAUAGUAGAAGAAAAAGAAAAAGCUAUUCAACAAAUCGAACAACGUCAUUUAAAUGAUCUUGAUCAAUUAAAAAGCAAUAAAACAUCAUUAGAAAAACAAAUAAAACAGCUUGAACAGCGUCUUCAGGAAUAUUUAACUAAUGAAGAAAAACUUCGUCAAAAAUUAACUAAAACAGAACAUUUGUUAAACGAAGCUAAUCAAAGAUUUAUAAAUGAAGAAGAACGUAUUAAUUGUGAUGUUCGAGUUGAAAAACUUCAAUUGAAACUUAUUGAAAGUCAACAAAAAAUAGAAAAUAUUGAACAGGAAUUUCUCGGUUAUAAAAAUUAUACAACAACUUUAUUAAAUAAAGAAAAACAUUUAAAUGAAAGAUUACAACAAUUAAUUAGUGGAAAGACAUCAUAA